AUGGGGAAUCCAAAAUUCAUGGGAAAGUCCAAGGAGUCCUUUUCUCCGUGGCAACUCCGCCCCUGCUUACAGGUUGCGGAUGAGAAUAAUGGAGGGGAGCUGAAAUGGGUGAAAACAGAGGUAGAGUUAGAGAAGCAUGUGAUAAUCCCCAGGGUGGAUGAAGAGAUGGCCUCUCAAGGGGCAGCAGAUAAAUUUGUUGAAGAUUACAUCGCCAACAUUAGCAAAACCAAGAUCAACUUGUCCAUUCCCAUGUGGGAUUGCCAUAUUCUCAACCUCAAAACCUCUGAUGCUGAAUCCGUACUCGUUCUUCGAGUCCAUCACUCUCUGGGGGAUGGCACAUCUCUCAUGUCACUGCUAAUCUCUUGCUCUCGUAAACUAUCUGACCCUCUCGCAUUGCUAACUUUUCCAGCAAUGAAGAAGAAACCAAUGCCUACUACUACUACUACUUGGCUUUGUUUUUGGAUCAGACUUUGGUCUUUUUUCCUGUUGAUUUGGAACACAUCGGUUGAUCUGCUCGUGUGUGUCGCAACAUUGUAUUUCUACAAGGAUACACCAACACCCCUCAAACCUUCUUCAAGGAGGGUUGCUUGUACUCCUGGGAGAAUUGUGCGUCGAACUUUCACUUUGGAUGAUAUCAAAUUGGUGAAGAAUGCAACUAACAUGACCGUCAACGACGUCGUCCUAGGAAUCACUCAAGCAGGCUUAUCUCGAUAUCUCAAUCGUAAAUAUGGUAAGACUAAGAGAAAUGAAGCUGGUAGGGAAUGGGAAGACAAUCUUCCCAACAAUAUUCGUCUCAGAGCCACUCUCUUUAUCAACUUGAGAUCAUCUCCUGGGAUUUAUGCCUUGGGUGAGAUGCUGAAGAAGAAUAGCAAGGCCGAAUGGGGCAACAAGAUUGGUUAUGUUCUCUUCCCUUUUAUGAUCGCAUUGAAAGAUAAUCCUUUAGAUUACAUUCGUGAUGUCAAGGUGGCCAUGGAUAGAAAAAAAGCUUCUCUAGAAGCCAAGUUCAGAUUGUUAAUGGCCAUGGUUUUCGUGAGGUUUUAUCGUACCAGAUUGGCUAAAUUUCCCUUAACAACUAUGUGGUUCUCGAACAUGGCGGGACCUCAGGACGAGAUCCCCAUAUUUGGCAAUCAAGUUGCCUACAUUGCUCCUUCUUUGUAUGGCCAACCAGUGGCACUGACAGUUCAUGUGGUUAGCUAUGCUAAGAUGAUAAGUAUGGUGUUAUCAAUUGAUGACAACAUUAUUCCUGACCCCUACCAGUUGUGUGAUGACCUUGAAGAGUCCCUCAAACUCAUCAAGAAAUCUGCCAUUUCCCAGUAAUUAAGAAUAAUGAAGGGCCACUUUUAGCUAGUACUGGCCAUAAGUUAGGAUGUGAUGCUAUGUGCAUGAACUGUAGCCAGUUGAGUUC